UACCUACAGAUCGAGGGGGAGAAAAAUUGAAAUAGUAGACCCGCAAAACUUGAAUUCCAGCUUUGAUGGGUGUUAUCUAUUAGCCAAUAGGAUCACCAGGGGCGGAUUGGAUUGGUGCGUAAAACUACUAUAAAACCCCACCUGGAUUCGUCGUCUCCAUCAAGUUUUGUUGUUGCUGUCACAAAGCAGUCGCGUUUGAUAGCUCAUCAUCUUACCAUGCCUUCCAACACGGCUGCAAGCAUGUUCGGUGGGGCGGGGGGACGGGGAUCGAGGGCGUCGGUGGCCAGCUUUGAGGGGCUGCGUAAUGUGCUGCGUAACCACUCGGACCGGGACUCGGCUCCGGCUCGUGCAGACGCUCCUGCCACGAUCUCCGUCGUCCCCGCGGAUGACGGAGAGACGCUGCGAGGUUUGAAUGGCCGGCUGUCCGGCUACCUGGACAAAGCGAAGCAGCUGGAGGAGGAGAACCAGCAGCUGAAGGAAGAGAUCGAUGAGAUUUUGGCGAAAAGGAAAACGGCAGAGGGCCGGGACUGGCAAGAGCUUGAAAAGCCUCUGAAUCACCUCAAGAAUAAGAUAAAGGACAUCACCAAGCACAAUGCCAAGAUGCUGCUCCAGAUUGACAACACCCAACUGGCCAACGCUGAUUUCAUAAACAAGUUCAAUGAUGAGACGAAGGCUCGGAAGGCGAUUGAAAACGAUCUGGAUGAGCUGAAGAAGAACAUCGAGGACACCAACCGGAGCAACAAGCAGACGCAGAAGGAGAUUGAUGUAGUGAAGGACGAACUGACCCUCUUCGAGCAGGACCACAAAAACGCGGUAGACGACCUGUGUGAGAAGAUCAAGAACUCAGAGGUGAGUGUGGAGAUUGAAACUCCAAACUCUAUCUUGCCCGAGAUUGUCAACAAUAUCCGCAAGCAGUACAACAAACUUGCCACAAAGAACUUGAAGGAGACGGAGGACUGGCAUCAGCGCAAGUUUGAAAACAUCAAAGUCGAAGAGGCCCGCAAUGCUGAAGCGUUGCAGUCGGGCAAGACGGAGCUCAAAGAUUUGCUCAAGCAGAAGCAACAUCUGGAGAUCAAGGUUCAAGGUGCGCGCAGCACGAUCUACAAUUUGGAGGAAAGCUUGAGAUUCACUAAGGUGGAGAACGGGUAUCGUCUGGGCCUGCUCAACCAGACUAUCUUGGACUUGGAACAGCAGCUGAGGAAGGUGAGGGCCCAUGUGGAGAGCCAGUUGGAGAUGAACAAGGACCUGCUGUGUGUCAAGAUGAGACUGGAGGCCGAAAUCAGUAACUACCAACAGCUGAUGUCCGGCAAUGUUGACAGCUCGGACUUUUGUUUUGAGGAUGCUCUGCCCCACGAAAAGCAAGAUGGCGGCAACGUCUCUGAGGAGCAGGAAACGGCAAGAGAAGUUUUGAAGCAAGAAAAUGAGCCAGCGCCCCUGGAGAGUCUUGAAGUCAAGGCAGAAAGUUCAACCAAGCCAGCCGACGGCCUUGCUGUCAAGAAAAAUCUCAAAAUUUAGAAGAGCUAUUCCUCCUCAUCCUCUUCUGAAUCUGAAGAUGAAAAGGCCAAAAAUCAGGGUACAAAAGAAAAAGCUUGA